AUGGCCGAAUCAUAUCAAGACCGCGAGGGAGGAGCGAAAGGGGAGGAGCCAUGGUGGAGUGAUCCGAGAAAUGGCCACUCGAUCAUCGACGACCUGUAUAGAUGGAUGCCGAACCUCACAUUGCGCAUUGAUAGAUUCCCUCCCCAUUGUCUGACGAUUAGCGGCGCUGUCUCUCUGGCUGUGGGUGUGAUAUUCCUCCUCGGGGCCUUCAUGAACGUGGUGGAGCCGCACUAUGAUAAGAUCGCCCACUCUGUGCAGACUAGAUGCGAGGUCAUGUCUGUGACCCACGAGAACCUUGUGGAGGACAAACUCUUCCACUACAUUUUGAAAUUUCCCUUGCCCGGCAUUCCCGGCUUGCAAGACGGAGAGGCGUUCUGCUAUGGCUCACAGAAGUGCAGCGUGUAUGAGGUCGGCUCUGUUCACGUCUGCUACUUCAACACAGAAGAUCACACUGUGAGGUUCUAUACAGCCCUCUCAGGUCACUCCACCAUCCGUGUCCUGUCCUACGUGAUCUUGACGAUUCCUUUCCUCAUCGGCGCCUUCUGCUGCUUGGUCCCCGCAAGCUUGCACUGGAACAGCCAGCUGAGAGAGCUUAAGGAUAGCAUGGAGCAGAACAACCCGUUCAAGGGCAUUUCGAAUCCAUUCGCCUCCAAGAAGGACGAGGACGAGUACUACAGCAGCAACGAUGCUGAGGGCUACUACCAGCGACAGGAUGAAAUGUACCAGUACAGCGACGUCAACAGAAACAACAAGGUCUGUUUGCGAUCUUGGUAA